AUGGAGGGACACCGACCCUGGGAGGGACCCUCGCAGCACGACCGCCACUCAAACCAUCCAAAUGGGCAGAGAUGUGACAACAAAAUCAGAACUACGAAAUACACUCUACUCUCUUUUAUCCCUAAAAACUUAUUUGAACAAUUUCAUAGAAUAGCAAAUGUGUACUUUAUAUUUAUAGUGUUGUUAAACUGGGUGCCGGCUAUAAAUGCAUUUGGCAAGGAAGUGGCUAUGCUGCCUGUGUUGUUUGUGCUUGGUGUGACUGCUAUCAAGGACUUGUUUGAAGACCGUCGCAGGCACCUCUCUGACAAGAGGAUCAACAAUUCAUUUUGUCGAGUCUACAAAAAAUCAGUAGAGCGGUAUGUGCGAGUGAAAUGGAAAGAGGUGCGGGUUGGCGACCUGGUGCAUCUGUCGAACAACGAGGCGGUGCCGGCGGACAUGGUGCUGCUGCACUGCUCCAACCCCGCCGGCGUCUGCUACCUCGACACUUGCAACCUGGACGGCGAGACCAACCUCAAGCAGCGCAUCGUCGCACCUGGAUACAGGGAAAAGCAUAAAGACUUCUGCCCUCUGAAAUUCAGAAGUACAGUUGAAGUAGAACGACCGUCGACCAAAAUAUACAGAUUUACCGGAACGAUUUCACAUCCUAACGGAAUUCGAGUCCCGCUUAAUUCAGAGAACCUAUUACUAAGAGAGUGCACUAUUAAAAAUACAGAC